AUGUUUUCUGAGAAGCAAGUAUUGCACCGGCGGAUGCCGUCGAGUGCUCGUCAGCAUUUUUCUGGUGAAAUACAUGUUCGAUCGGUUCAAGAUCCCUUGUAUUGGCUUCGAAAUGAUCUAAUGGGUGAAAUGCCGCUUGAAAAGAUGAAGCUUACUGUAUCCCCUCUUCCAGUGGCAGAUUAUGGGGUAAUUGAAUGGACAAAAAAUGAGUUUUACUGUAUUUCGCGUCUUGUUGGCAGUAUUGAGAAGAUUGUUAAGAAAGAAGUAAUGGUGACUGGGUCUUUUGAUGCAAAGACAGGAUAUGCACUGAUUCUUACACAUUCGGCGGCAUAUGUGUUUUCAUAUCUUCAUGCUGGACCUGAUAAUCAUCCUGUUACUUUGGCGUUUCCCUUGCCUCCAGAUGUUGGAAAGGACGGCAGAACAAACAAGGAAAUUCUUCCUUUGGGUGUUUUGGUAGCACCUUGUGCUGGUUGUGAUGAGCCUGGACUUGUUAUUGUAAUGCCUAUUUCUGGAAGAAUAGCAUAUUGGGAAUCGAUUGGGGGUGCAAUUGCGGAGGGAUUAAUGCAUAGAAAAAGCAUUGAGAGUCGAAUACCUCUUGUUUCUGGAGAGAUUUGUGUUUAUCUUUGCAAUGCUGAGCCUGCAAAUUUCGUAUUAGCAACGUCUUCGGGAAAGCUUUUGCAUUUGUCUCUUGUAGAUUCAUCAGCACGACUUCACAUUGGAUUGUUGAAUAUGGCUAGUAGCUCUGGAAUAGGUGGACUGUUUAGUAGUCUUACUGGAGUUUUAUGGUCAGCUACAACGAGACGUGAUAUAUGUUCUAUAAAUGCUGGAGAGCUUAAAGGAAUGGGAACUAGGGAUGUAAUUGUGUGUACAAAACGAGGAACUAUUAGUAAAUGGGAGGUAAUGAGAAGUGGAUACGCUAAAUUGAUUUUAGAGAAAAACUUAUGGAAUUCUAUGGUUGAAAUAUCAGAGUCCACAUUAAAUAUAUCUUCUUCAUUAUUUGAAAAAUCUCUUCAAGUUUAUGAUAUGAUGCCAAUACCUAAUUCUACUUCUCUUGUUCUUAUUUUGGCAUCUUUUUCUAAAUCACUUGGUACUAUCAACUAUGUUUUGUUUAUUUCUGAUCUUAAGUCGGACAUGUUAAAAGUUACAUCGGUUUAUUUGUUGAAAUAUCAUGAAAUAUAUUCUGAUUUGUUGUUUCGUGCUAGAAUAUUUAUACCUAAGCCAGGUGAUAUGACAAUUAUUGUUUUUUCAGAAGCAUUAUAUUUUAUUUCAACACCAACUAAUACAUCUUUUGAUUGUGAAUCAUUGUUUGAAGAUAUUGUUACUUUUAAUCCUGAACAUCAUGUUCAAGUUUUAGCUGCUGGAUGUGAAGAUUCUUUAAUUGAUCCAUCGUCAAAAAAAAUUAUUCGUAAUCCAAGUGUAGUAAUUGCAACAAAAAAUGCUGGUAUCCUUAGAUGUGAAACAUUUAAAAUAUCAAAACAUAAGGAUUUAAUAUCUCGUAAAAAUAGAAGGAAGUUGGAUCAAGCAGUCUUUUAUGGAUUCCUUGAAGGCAAUCCUCUUAAUUUUUCUUGGACAAAUGAAUAUGAUAUUGAAAAUAUACAGACCGUUGCUAUAUCUUUGAGUAAUGAUAUAUUAACAUCAGUUUCUAAAUAUCAAUCAUCUUUACUUGUUUCUCUUGAAAAUGACUUACUUUUGAAAUCAUUGAAUUUAUCAAGACUCAGUGAAUAUCUUUUAUCAAAUUUUAAUUCAAUUAGUGCUGAAACUCGUUGGAAAUUGUGUUGGUGCUCUGAGAAAUGUGAAAGUGCACAGAAUCUAUGGUCUACCAUUAAUACUCGUUUAACAAAAGUUGAAAAUAGUAUUAUAAAUAGUAUAAUAAAAAGUUUGGUGACUAAAGAAAGCGGUGAAAAUGUAAUUCGUUGGUGGUUUCAAAAAGGAUUACAAAAUAUUGCUUCUAUUGUUUCUAAGGCUCAUAAAUGUUGCGUGGAUGCAAUAUCAUUAGUAGAAAAAGAUGGAUUAAAGGUUUUAAAAAUCCUUGUAGAAGCAAAUGAAAUUAUACUUGCAAUACUUCUUUCUGCUCAAAAAUUUCGCAAAAAGAGAGCUGAAUUUUUAAAAUUAGGCGGACCAUUAAAUUGUAAUGAUGACACGUUAUUACCAUGGACAUCACAUCCCGAUAUUUUAUUGACACUUUCAAAUCAAUAUAAUCUUACAAAUGCAAUUAUGUUAGAAUUUAAAAGAGAUAAUUUACAAAUAGAUGAUAAAAUUCUCAAUACUUUAAAUUCUAUAGAUUCUAUAAAAAUUAAUUUAAAAGAAACGUUGGUUACUCAAUUGAUCGAUUUAGCUGAACUUAUAUGUUGUUCAUUUGAGGAAAGGAUAUUAUGGACGAAAUUUAUUGAAGCAGAUUCUGUAGAUAAUGAAAAGAAGUACAUAGAAGAAAAAUAUCUUUCUUCAAGAGGUGAUUGGAUUAAAUUUCUAGUUGAAAUUGAUAAACUAGAUAAAUCAUUUGAAAUAGCAGAAAAAUAUUGUGAUUUUCGGACUUUAGUAGAGUUAUGUUAUGAGACAGAUGACAAAAAUGCAGACUAUAAUUGGAAUGAUCAAAUUAUAAGAAGAAUAAAUUGGUAUUUGUAUACUUUUAAAGAAAAAUUUGCAGGUGUUUUAUAUCGUUAUUUUAUAGAAAAAGGUUAUCUUCAAAAUUUGCUUGAAGAUUUUUCGGAUUAUCAUCAUUAUUUGUCUGAAUUUUUUAGUCUUAGAAAUUAUGGGAAAAUAUCAUGGAUGCAUCAAAUAGGUACAAAUAAAUUUAAAGAUGCGGGAAAUAUUUUAUAUAAUAUUGCAAAAAAUGAUGAAAAAUAUGUUUUUAAUAAAAGAGUAGAAUUAAGUAUUUCAAAAUUAUGUUUUUUGGCUGAUAUGAAAUCAUAUAAUACACAACAAGUUGACUAUUUACCAAUAAUUGAUAUUGAACAUCAAUUAGAAACAAUACAGAUACAGAACUCUCUUUUGGAUGAAAUUAAGUCGUUUAUAGAAAAUGCAAUUGAUAUUAAUGCUGCUGUUGAGCUUGCUGUUGAAAAGAUAGGACAUUCUUUGAAGAAACGUCCUGCUACAAAAGCGAUUUUCAAAAGAGCUUUAAAAGACCUAAUUCUUGAGAAAAUAAUGAAUCCAGAAGACCUUAUAGAUUUAUUAACAUUAAAAGACAAAAAAAGUAAUACAGAAGAAAUAUCUUCCAAUGAGUAUUACUUGGCAUUAAAGGUUCUUAACAGCUCUCAGUUACCUUUAAACCAGUAUCAAUAUGUUGAGAAGACAAUUUGGCGGCGUAUUUUUAUCGCAAAUGAUUGGACUAAAAUUUUAGAUACACGAAAUAAGGGAGAUGCUUCUGUAGAAGCUGAUACAAAAUACACUGCACUUUAUGAAACAAUCUAUUUGUGUACUGUUUCCAAAUUGUUUGAAAAUUCGAAUAUUUACCCAAUUCCUCCAAAAAAUGCAUAUUUUGACCCAAAAACAGAUCAUCUUCAUGCAAGAUUCUCAAAGAACACGCAUGAUUCUGAAAUUAAUGCUUUUUCCAAUGAAUUGCUUAAAGAAAAUGAACUUUUGGACAAAUAUGAGGUUAAAGCUGCUCUCGAAUCAUGGUUUAUUGCUAUCAUGGAAGCACUAAAAGUUCACAGGUUUCCUGAAGACAUAAGUUUUCAGGAGUUACAAUCCCAAUCCGACAAUAUGGAUUGUUGA